AUGGCCGAGUCCAACCUCAAAGAGGCCUUCUACCGCCAAUUCAACCAAGAUGUCGCAACACUUCGCGCGCAAAUUGAGAACCUCUCCUCCGUGUCCACAUCUGGCGGCGAGCGCAACGAAGCAAUAGACAGCUGCCUCGCAGGCAUAAACCGGGUAGCCCUCGAUGUCCAGGACGCCUCGAGCUAUCUUCCGGCGUAUGAUCAACGGACGUACAGCGAGACGAUCAAGCGUUUGAGCGAGAAGUUGUCAGAAGUGAGGAAUAGCUUCGAUCCACCCAAGAAGUUCAGUUUCAAGAACAGGAGGAAGGAUAUCGCGAAACCAGACGCUGCACCUGAUGCAUCGAGCGCGAAAUCGUCCUCCACAUCGGAACAAACACCACCAUCACAGCAACAGCAACAGCAGCAGCACGACACAACGCAACACGACUCUUCUCCGUCAGCGCUCUCCGGGAAAUCCCACGCCCGUAUAACCCUCCCUUCAUCUCCUCACCAAACAAGUUCACCGACAGUAUCCCACCUCACCCACUGCGUCGUCGACCUCAGCGCCCCAACGAAAGCAAACGCGCCCUUUGCCGCCCUCUACCUCCGCUCCAUAAGCUCGUCGCUCAUAAUAACAGGCCAAGUCGCAGGCGCAAUACACAUCACCGAUGUCUCCAACAGCAUCAUAGUGACGGCGUGCCGGCAAUUUCGCAUGCAUGGGAGCAAGAACGUGGAUACGACACCGGAGAUCGAACAAUCGCCAAAUCAGUGGGAUCAAAUCGACGACUUCAAGUGGUUGAAGGCUGAGCCAAGUCCGCACUUCAGUCUGCUACCUGAAGCCGGACGCAUUUCUGAAGACGCGUGGAAUGAGAGCAUACCCGGGGACGAAAGUGAGAGCCCGGAUAAUACCCUGGAGGCCUUCGGUGUACGGUGA